GUUGAAGGGCUCAGUGACGAUUAAAGAUGGCUGCGCCCAUGUACUAUCACUAGCGACCGGUGACCUCUUUUUCCUCCUUGCCUGGCUCCUAUGGUGGCAGUCUGGGCAAGAGGACCAUGCUGGGCCGGACCCUCCGAGAAGCUUCUGCGGCACUGAAACAAGGCCAAAUUACACCAACAGAGCUCUGUCAAAAAUGUCUUUCUCUUAUCAAGAAGACCAAGUUUUUGAAUGCCUACAUUACUGUAUCAGAAGAGGUGGCCUUAAAACAAGCUGAAGAAUCAGAAAAGAGAUACAAGAAUGGACAGUCACUUGGGGAUUUAGAUGGAAUUCCUAUUGCAGUAAAAGACAACUUUAGCACGUCUGGCAUUGAGACAACAUGUGCAUCAAAUAUGCUGAAAGGUUAUGUACCACCUUAUAAUGCUACAGUAGUUCAGAAGUUGUUGGAUCAGGGAGCUCUGCUAAUGGGAAAAACAAAUUUAGAUGAAUUUGCUAUGGGAUCUGGAAGCACAGAUGGUAUAUUUGGACCAGUUAAAAACCCCUGGAGUUAUUCAAAACAAUAUAGAGAAAAAAAGAAGCAGAAUCCCCACAGCAAGAGUGGAGAUUCAGACUGGCUGAUAACUGGAGGAAGCUCAGGUGGGAGUGCAGCUGCCGUGUCUGCGUUCACAUGCUAUGCGGCUUUAGGAUCGGAUACAGGAGGAUCCACCAGAAAUCCUGCUGCCCACUGUGGGCUUGUUGGUUUCAAACCAAGCUAUGGCUUAGUUUCCCGUCAUGGUCUCAUUCCCCUGGUGAAUUCGAUGGAUGUGCCAGGAAUCUUGACCAGAUGUGUGGAUGAUGCAGCAAUGGUGUUGGGUGUACUGGCUGGACAUGACCCCAAGGAUUCUACCACAAUACAUGACCCUGUUAAUAAACCACUUGUGCUUUCCAGUUUGGCAGAUGUGAGCAAACUAUGUAUAGGAAUUCCAAAGGAAUAUCUUGUACCAGAAUUGUCAAGUGAAAUACAGUCUCUUUGGUCCAGAGCUGCUGACCUCUUUGAGUCUCAGGGGGCCAAGGUAAUCGAAGUAUCCCUUCCUCACACCAGUUAUUCAAUUGUCUGCUACCACGUAUUGUGCACAUCGGAAGUGGCAUCGAAUAUGGCAAGAUUUGAUGGGCUACAAUAUGGUCACAGAUGUGACAUUGAUGUGUCCACUGAAGCCAUGUAUGCUGCAACCAGACGAGAGGGGUUCAAUGAUGUGGUGAGAGGAAGAAUUCUCUCAGGAAACUUUUUCUUAUUAAAAGAAAACUAUGAAAAUUAUUUCAUCAAAGCACAGAAAGUGAGACGCCUCAUUGCUAAUGACUUUGUGAAUGCUUUUAACUCUGGAGUAGAUGUCUUGCUAACUCCCACCACCUUGAGUGAGGCAGUACCAUACUUGGAGUUCAUCAAAGAGGACAACAGAACACGAAGUGCCCAGGAUGACAUUUUUACACAAGCUGUAAAUAUGGCAGGAUUGCCAGCAGUGAGUAUCCCUGUUGCACUCUCAAACCAAGGGCUGCCAAUAGGACUGCAGUUUAUUGGACGUGCAUUUGAUGACCAACAGCUUCUUACAGUAGCUAAAUGGUUUGAAAAACAAGUACAGUUUCCUGUUAUUCAACUUCAAGAACUCAUGGAUGAUUGUUCAGCAAUCCUUGAAAAUGAAAAAAUAGCCUCUGUCUCUCUAAAACAAUAAACAUAUCUUAAAAUUUAA